GUUCAAUAUUGUUUGCAAAAUCCCGAGAUGUGUGCGCACUGCUCACUUGUCUUUCUGUUCCUCUCCUUCUCCUUCUUCUUUUUUGCUGAGUAUUUUUUUUGCGAAGCGAACAAAUGCAUUAAUAUUUAUAUGUUUAUAUAAUCGAUAACCCACUUUUCCCUCCCAUGUAAAUAGGCAUCAAAAGAUAAUUUAACAGAUUACUUCUCGAAAACAUGGCAGUGAGGAAGCGUAAUUGAACUAUCAAACAAAUCUACAUGUCUAAUAACAGCAAAUCUGCUAAGGAGCAUUAGAAAGAGGAGCAGCGCCCCGGAAUCUCUGCAGGAAAUGUUCUUUAUAUUAGACAUAUACACGUAGGUCCUGUCAGAUGCACAGAGAAGCUCGCCCGCCCUCGUCUCCUACAAAAAUCGCAUCGGACGAAACUCUCAGAUCGGGGCAUUUAGAAAGAAAGAGAAGACCUUUCCGCGUAAUUCCUGAGUGGAUUUCAUUUUUGCAGCUCUUCCUUUCUGUUUCCUGCCUUGAUCCAUUCUUUUCCCGCCGAGGUCGGAGGGAGUCUUUCUCCUGAUUAUGAAUUUCGUCAGCCCAUGUUUGGCAGGAAACCCACUCAGUUGUGACAGGAGCUGAAAACUGAGUCUUCGGAGAAAUAUUAGGUCACAUUUUCAAUCAUUUUGGUGCUGAAGGGAAGGCAGGAGCUCAGUUUUAUAUUGAGACACUCCGCGGACUGAAGGCGCAGAAUGCUUUUCCCUGCCAGGACCUGAUGCAAUCCAUUCAAGCCAACAAGUUUGGAGAGAAUGUUGAGUUCAAUCAAUUCAGAACGUCGAGAUGGAGCCCAAGUCACUCCAGUGGGUCGGCUCACCGUGUGGCCUGCACGGACCUUACAUUUUCUACAAGGCUUUUCAAUUCCACCUUGAAGGCAAACCAAGAAUUUUGUCCCUUGGCGACUUUUUCUUUGUAAGAUGUACGCCAAAGGAUCCGAUUUGCAUAGCGGAGCUCCAGCUGUUGUGGGAAGAAAGGACCAGCCGGCAACUUUUAUCCAGCUCUAAACUUUAUUUCCUCCCCGAAGACACUCCCCAGGGCAGAAAUAGCGACCACGGCGAGGAUGAAGUCAUUGCCGUGUCUGAAAAGGUGAUUGUGAAGCUUGAAGACCUGGUCAAGUGGGUACAUUCGGAUUUCUCCAAAUGGAGGUGUGGCCUCCAGGCUGGGCCAGUGAAAUCGGAGGCCUUGGGGAGAAAUGGCCAGAAGGAAGGCCUGCUGAAGUACAGACAAUCCACCCUCAACAGCGGCCUUAACUUCAAAGAUGUUCUCAAGGAGAAGGCCGACCUCGGGGAGGACGAGGAGGACGUGAACGUACUGGUGCUCAGCUACCCUCAGUACUGCCGCUACCGCUCCAUGCUGAAGCGCAUCCAGGAUACGCCAUCCUCCAUUCUCACGGACCAGUUUGCGUUAGCUCUGGGGGGCAUCGCCGUGGUCAGCAAGAACCCCCAGAUCCUGUACUGUCGAGACACUUUUGACCACCCCACUCUCAUAGAAAAUGAGAGUAUAUGCGACGAAUUUGCGCCAAAUCUUAAAGGCAGGCCACGCAAAAAGAAACCGUGCCCACAGAGAAGAGAUUCCUUCAGUGGAGUGAAGGAUUCCAACAACAAUUCCGAUGGUAAAGCUGUUACCAAGGUGAAAUGUGAGGCCAGGUCAGCCUUGGCCAAGCCGAAGAAUAACCAUAAUAACUGUAAAAAAGUCUCAAAUGAAGACAAACCAAAGCUGGCCGUUGGUGAAGAGUGCAGGGCGGAUGAGCAGGCCUUCCUGGUGGCGCUUUAUAAGUACAUGAAAGAAAGGAAAACACCAAUAGAAAGAAUACCCUAUUUAGGUUUCAAACAGAUUAACCUUUGGACUAUGUUUCAAGCUGCUCAAAAACUGGGAGGAUAUGAAACAAUAACAGCCCGCCGCCAAUGGAAACAUAUUUAUGAUGAAUUAGGCGGUAAUCCUGGGAGCACCAGUGCUGCCACUUGUACCCGCAGGCAUUAUGAAAGAUUAAUCCUACCUUAUGAAAGGUUUAUUAAGGGAGAGGAAGAUAAGCCCUUGCCUCCAGUCAAGCCUCGGAAGCAGGAGAACAGUUCACAGGAGAAUGAGAAUAAAACGAAAGUAUCAGGAGCCAAACGCAUCAAACAUGAAAUGCCUAAGAGCAAGAAAGAGAAAGAGAACACCCCGAAGCCCCAGGAUGCAGCAGAGAUUUCAUCAGAGCCGGAGAAGGAACAAGAGUCUUUAAACCCGAAGAGCAUCGCAGAACCUCUUGUGGCAGCAGAUGUGAAGAAAAGAGCAGAAGGGCACCAGGACAUGGGGGCAAGGCCCCUGGCAUCCAGAGCAGACCCCGAGAAGGACAGCGAGCCUGACCAGGGUGCCAACAGCGAGAAGGAGGCUGAGGAGGCGGGCGAGACGGGGCCUGUGACUCCCGCUCCUGGCUUGCCCCUGGCCCCGGAGAGGGACCCAGCCCCCGGCCCCGGGGCUGGCAAACCGGCCCUGGCCUCUCCUGCUGCCCCCGUGGAUCCAAAGCAGGAACCCAAAUCCUCCUGCUUCACAGACAGCACCGCCAAUGACCUCCAAGACACGCCCUUUCCUGGCCUCCCCACCACGCAGCCACCACUGGCAAGCCAGCACGAGCUGGAGGAGGACAAGCUGCCUGCGAUGGCGGGCUAUAUCGCCAACUGCACCGUGAAGGUCGACCAGCUGGGCAGUGACGACAUCCGCAGUGCGCUGAAGCAGACCCCGAAGGUCCUUGUGGUCCAGUCAUUCGACAUGUUCAAAGACAGAGACUUGGCGGGGCCUGUGAAUGAAAACCACGGGCUGAACUACACGCCCCUGCUCUAUUCCAGGGGCAACCCGGGCAUCAUGUCCCCUCUGGCCAAGAAGAAGCUUCUGUCCCAGGUGAGUGGGGCUGGCCUCUCCAGCAGCUGUCCCUAUGGCUCCCCACCCCCUCUGAUCAGCAAAAAGAAACUGAUUGCCCGGGAUGACUUGUGCUCUGGCUUGUCCCAGGCCCACCACGGCCAAAGCACAGACCACGCGGCAGUCAGCCGGCCGUCCGUGAUUCAGCACGUCCAGAGUUUCAGAUCCAAGGCCUCCGAGGACAGGAAGGGCAUUGGCGACAUUUUCAAGCAUGACAAACUGAGCCGUUCGGACGCCCACCGCUGCAGCUUCUCCAAGCACCAUCUUAACUCCCUGGCCGACUCCUAUGUCUUGAAGCAAGAAAUUCAGGAGGGCAAAGAUAAACUCUUGGCGAAAAGGGCGCUCCCGCACUCCCACACACCCAGCUUCCUGGCGGAUUUCUACUCGUCCCCACACCUCCACAGCCUCUACCGACACACGGAGCACCACCUUCACAGCGAGCAGCCAUCCAAGUAUGCAUCCAGGGACACAUACCGGGAGUCGGAAAACAGUUCUCUUGCUUCCCACAAACACCAGGAAAAACUCCACGUAAAUUAUCUCGCAUCUCUUCACCUGCAAGACCGAAAGCUGGCCACAGCAGAGGCCUCUGCAGACGAUCAGCCCACGGAUCUGAGCCUCCCCAAGAACCCACACAAACUGACCAGUAAAGUCCUGGGCCUGGCCCACUCUGCCCCCAGGGAGCUCCCAGAGAGCAAGGGCAUCUCCCAGUUCCAGGUCAUCAGCAGCCAGAGCCGAGACUGUCACCCCAAAGCCUGUCGGGUCUCACCCAUGACCAUGUCGGGUCCUAAGAAGUACCCCGAGCCUCUGUCAAGAUCGGGGAAGCCUCACCACGUGAGAUUGGAGAAUUUCAGAAAGAUGGAAGGCAUGGUCCACCCUAUCCUGCAUCGGAAAAUGAGCCCGCAAACCAUCGGCGCCGCGCGCCCCAUAAAACGAAGCCUGGAGGACUCGGACCUGGUGAUCGCUGGGAAAAAGGCUCGGGCAGUGUCUCCUCUGGACCCGGCUAAGGAGGCUUCCAGCAAGGAGAAGGCCUCUGAGCAGGAGAGUGAAGGCACCAAGGCCACCUAUAGUGGGCAUUCUGGUGGGGGGCCGGAGGGCCACAAGCUGCCCCUGUCCUCCCCGAUCUUCCCAGGUCUGUAUUCCGGGAGCUUAUGUAACUCGGGCCUCACCUCCAGGCUCCCGGCUGGGUAUUCUCACUCUCUGCAGUACUUGAAGAACCAGACUGUGCUCUCCCCACUCGUGCAGCCCCUGGCUCUCCACUCCCUUGUGAUGCAAAGGGGCAUCUUCACGUCCCCGACAAAUUCUCAGCAGCUGUACAGACACUUGGCUGCGGCCACGCCGGUAGGAAGCUCGUAUGGGGACCUUUUGCACAAUAGCAUUUACCCGUUAGCUGCUAUAAACCCUCAAGCUGCCUUUCCGCCUUCCCAGCUGUCAUCUGUACAUCCCAGUACAAAACUGUAAGCCUGGCUGGUGGAGCUCCACGUCCUACCGGGGUGGCGGCCUGCAGAGCUGGAAGCCAGUAUUCCUUCUGAUCUGGGGACGUGACUGGUCCCAGUCAUCAAGGCCGAGUUUUCUGGGAUACUUCUAGCCUUGGCUGGUCAGUCCUGCCUCCCCUCCAACACAGAUGUCCUCGCCCCUCCAGACCACUCACUUGGAAUGUGGGUCUGGAGAAGGGAUUCAUGUAGAUCCAGGAAGAACUUAGAGGACCCCGGCUGAGUUCAGACAGUCGGGAAGCAAUCUGGGCCAAAAAACAAAGAAAGGAGGAGGCUUUUCCAAGGCAGGGGCAAGAGAGACUGGCGAACGUAGCCAAGGGCUGCCCCUCUCUCCAUAAAACUCUCCAAGGUUCAAUCAAUGCAAUGUAUAGUAAAUCUUCAGUAGAUCUUUCAUUUUGACACUAUUAAACAAACCAGAGAAGUAAACACUGUUAAAUUGACUGUAUAUAUUUGCUUCUUAAAACUACCCAUAUCACUGUUUGCUCACCUAAUUUAUAUACAGGUAGUUCCAUUUUCUCCCAAUUCCUUCUUGUCCCUUUUAUUAUUUUUUUAAUUAAACAAUAUUGCUUUUGUUUGCAGGUCUUUCGUUUUUGUUUUGCUUUGAUUUUUGUUUUGUUUUAAAGGCUGACUAACUGUCCUAGUUGUCGGUGUGUAUUUGUAAUUUUUCCACAACUUAUCAUUUUGAGCAGCUUUCAGUGGUAAAGUUAUUGUUUACAAAUUGAAGCAACUGAUUCUAGUGGAACAAAUGAAAAAGAAACAGUCGAGCACAUAGUCGUGCAAAGAACGUUCCCUUGCAGAUCCGCAGCUUCCGGAUUUUGUUCCUCAUAAAUGGCACAGUUGAAAGAGCUAAUGCACUGCUUACCCAACCAGAUGCCUUGCUCUGAAGUAUUGGUUAUGUGAAAAUAUUGAGCAUUGUACUUACUUUAUCUGGGCUGUGAAGCUGUCCUACAUACCAGAGGAAUCAUAAAAACAAAAACCUCACUGGCAGCGAGCUGCUGAAUAACAACAGAAUCUAGAGGACAUAUUUGUGGGCUGCACAGAUAUUUUAGGAAUUUCAGAAAUUAGAACAGGAGCCAGAAUGACUUACAUUGAUUGGUCUUGGCACCACGCCAUGUAAGGUCGGGGAAGGGGGUUGGGAAGGGGAUGGAGCGGGACUGUCCGGCAGUGGAGCAGCGGCUGGAGGCCCGGCACAGCUUCCUGGGCCUCAGCCUGCGAGUCAGAGGUAGUGACAUCGUCUUCAUCUGAUGGUUUCUUGGUGCUCCCAAGAAGGCUGUCUCUGGGUUACAUCUUUGGAGACUGCUGGCAUGCUGGAUUAUCCUUUACAAAGGAAAGGCUUCCUCUUGGGCUUCUGGGGUGUGGGCUUUGUGUGUGUGCACACGGAAGGUGCUGGUGCUAUGGUUUUUCAUGUACCUGGCAAUACCAUCCACUUGGACUUCUUUUAGUGUUAGAAAUGUCCAGGCAGUCAAAAGAUGUGGACGGUGCCUACUGUCAUGCUUGCCACUUUAUUCCAUUUGCUCCAGGGAUGACAUGAAGGUGGACACAUUUUUUAGGUGUACUAAGAGUCAGUCGCUGGUGUAAACCUUCUUUCCUUUCCUGUUCAUCCCUGCUGGAGACCGCUUAAAUGCACCCCUCCCCCACGGCCCCACUCUGACACUACCAGUAGACUUUAGAACCAUAGUUAAGAAGUCUUUUACCUCUGAGAUAUUUAAGUCUAUGGAAAUUGAUGACCAUUUUCAACUUCUAAAUAGGUAACUCAACUGCAAAAUAAAACUGGUAACAGUGAAAUUGCGGCUCUUACACAAAGCCACGCAUGCUGUGCAUUUAUAUUGAAGUGUCUCCAUGAUAUGAAGCCAAAUAUUCAUGUAACAUACUUAAUAUCCAAAGGUGGAAACAAAAGAAUGUAGAGAUCCAGUGUUAAGAGUUCCAUUUGCUUCAAUUAAUUAUUUACCUUCCUGUGGAAUAAUAUAUAUAUAUAUAUAUAUUAUAUUUAAUAGAACCAUAGAUAGACUAGUAGAAUUUAGAUUAUAAAUGUGUGAGUGCAGAUUAUCCUGCUAUUGCACAAGAAUGAGGGGAAAAAUAAUCUCAAUUUCAGCUGGCAAAAUGCUGGCCAGGACACAGAAGAACAUUGCACUAGACUGAAUGGUCACAGAAUCAGAGGACACGAAGAGGAGACUCGGUGGCCCUGCGGCAGACACGGGCCAGACCGGAUGUGGUGUUUGUGGGUUCCUCUCUCAGAGACAACAGGGGCUGCCAGCCCGUGGUGGAGCUCACCGACCCGCUUGCCAUACGGGCCGCUUGUUUCCCUGCUGCAGUGAUUUCAGCCUGGUUUCGUCAUGGUGGAAUUUGAUCACACCACUUUCAAACAAUGUUAACAUAGUCCAGCUUUUGUUUUUCUCAUGUCUCCCGAGAGGAGACUCACUCACUCUGUCUGAGGAAGCUCAUAGCCUCCGCAAAACAUCAGGACAAAUAAAGCGAGAUGGGGGAUACAUUCCCAACAGAAGCAGUGUGCUGUUUGUUUUAAAACUCCAAACAGAGAUCUUGGAUAUGUUUCAAAAAGACCAUUGAAUUCUUCAUUGGCUGAGAGCUACUUUUUAGAAAGUCUUAAAUAGGGCUUUGUUUGCGUUGUUUGAGUUCAAGGGGCCUUAUUACCGAAUGGGAUUGCACAAGCCUUUCUUUGUGCGAGCAGACCAUUGUUAUUGGCCGUCUGUGAGGGAGCUUGGAAUCUAAUUGGCAGUGGAGUCCUAAGUCUACUUACUGAGUGUGGCUUCCGAGCAGUGUCGCAAUUCAGAAUGCACUAAAGUCUGUAAUUUAUUGGAGAUUUGGAGAUUCCAAAUAAUAUUUUUAAAAAACCAUUCCAUGCAACUUCUGGUCAAACUUCUGACAACAUAACAUUUAAAAAAAAAGGAAGAAAAAGCCCAACCGAGUUUCAGAAUUAAGAAUUCUCCUAGUGAAUUGAACUUUCAAUGUUUGCCACAGGACUGACUUAUUUGGUUCCUAGCUAGAAUCUCUUUCCUAAGUUCACUUGUUUAUCAGGGAAUAUACAGAAGGGGUUGUUAAAACUCAGUGUGGACUUUACAACUUUCUGACCUGGUGCAUGAAUUCUAAGUACUGUAUUUCACUGUGUUAAUGUGUCGGAUGGAAAUUUCGAGGUGGUCCCACAAAAAUAUUUUAUGUAGUGUGCCUUCAAAGAGAAUCAUUGCUAUCUCUGCACUUGUUGUCCCACAAAGUCAUGUUUGGUGGAGGUCAGCCAAGUCCCAUCUGGUCUAGUUUUACUCUUGUCCCAAAUUUAAAGUGACAUGGGAAUGAUUUCGCCCUGGUGAGAGCCACGCCAUUGCAAUGGUUACCUUGAGCCCUUAGACUCCAGUGUUGGCUGUUGUAUUUGAUAUUCUGCUUGUCUCCCCACGGUUGAAAUAUGUCUGAAGAAUGGCAGCAUAAUCUCUUGGCUGUUUAUACUUUUUUAAACUUUACUGUGCUGUAAAUACUGUAGACUUUUGGUGAUUCCAGCUAUGUAACCCCUAUGCUCUGUAAGGUGAUUAGAUGUAUAUAGCAACAUGGCCCAGUGAUAUUAUAGAGUUUCCCAAUGGAGAGGUUAUUGAGUAACCUUUGCAUUAGUUUAAACACUACCAGAAGAAUGCUGAGCCAACUAUAAACACUCGAUUUUGUAUGUUUUCCAAAUUGUACUUAUUACUGCUUUUGAUACUGUAUUACGUGCCAAUAGUUUCCCAAUCACAUAGCAGGCAAGAGAUAUUUUGUACUUUUUGAUCCACUGUAAUAUUUAAUAAAAAAUGUUACUAUCUGUU